GGAAAUGAGGUUAGUUUGUAUUUCAUACUCGACGGUGAUGGAGUGUAUGUAGAUAACACAAUUACGUAAAAAUCUACAGAGCGUUUGAUCGUACGAGUUUGUAAACAUUGCGAUUUUCCCUAAAUUUUUGGGGAGCCUCUCACUUUUCAUACUAUUUAUAGUUAAGGAAUAUUUAAUGUUUUUCUCCGUAGAAUAUUUAAGUGUGUUGUAGUUUUAGUGCUGUUCCCUAGAAGUUCAGUGUUGGAUGAUUGUGAAUUGUUGUGUCCUAUUUUAUGACUCAAUUUUGAAUUAAGUUAUAGACAAAUAUUUGGAUGUUCGAUAUUGUAUUUGACACUACAUGCACAAGGUUUCGAGACAGAGAUAAGAAUAUGCCACUGAUAAUAAUUCAGUGAAUGGUUUGGAGAGAGAAAUGAAAAUAUUGAUGACAAGAUGAGGUGGAUCUUGCAUAGAAGCAUACAUGGCUCUUUCGCCCUAUAUUAUUUGUUGAUCAGUUUGAUAUAUACGGGUGUCCUUACUGAAUACUAUGAGAAAUGCUUGACACAUCUACCAGAAAUUAAUGCCAAAAGGUAUCCCUACUUCAAGAACAGUCCUGUCACCAUCAAAAUAGAUACUUCGGAUAGAAUAUCACACCAACUCAGUUCCCAUGCUUUCAUGAUUUUCGCCAAAGAAGUGUUGGGAUAUCCCAGAGUGGAACUGUCCUAUUUUGUGGAUCACUUCGAUAUCUUUCAGACUGUUGACAGAUUGAGUGACCAAGAAAAUCUCAGCAUUCCUGAAGCCACGAUAAAUUUGGAAGUAUGGAUAUCACCUGACAAGGACACCAUCGACAUUGAGAGUGUAAAACGAGUCGAAGAUUGCGGUAACGUGGCGAACACCGGUGGAAGAUUCGGGUGGUUCAUCCCCAACGACCUGACAGGGCCAGUUCACAGGUUCUACAAGAAGUGGUACAGCGACAUCAGCGAGGUGUCUUGGUCGCUGUUCAGAAAUCCAGCCUUAUCUUCAUUGUUCGACGUAGACGCUUCCGAUAUGGAGCUUGUAAGGAGAAAUUCCUUCAAGAACUUCGACACCAAAGAGUACUUCUGUCAAAAUUGCACCUCCAACGGGAUGUUCGUACCUCCGCAAUGCACGAAGAAUCAAGAUUGCGCCCUGUUGCUGGCCUCCGAUUAUUUAUCGACGAAUUUCGUCGUCGAGCACAUCAACGAACUGAAACUACACGUGAAGGUUGUUUGGCUCGGAGACAACCUUCAUAAAGUAGUGAAAACGCUGAGCGACAAAUACAGAGCGAAAAAAUCGGACAAGAGUGUGGUUUUCAUCACUUGGACCCCCAGCGUUAUGGUUAUGGACGAGAAGGAAUUCAUCACUGUUGGUUUCAAAAAAUGCGAGUUGCUCAACUCGACUAGUCACUUAGGUUGUAAGUACGAGAUUAAUAGAUUGGUUAAGUUCGCUUGGAAUGGGCUUCAGGAAAUAGGAAAACCAUUGUUGGAGACCACGAGGUUAUUCUCGUUCAGAGAUAAUGCCUACGAAACUUUAUUGAACGAGUUCAGAAGAAAUCCGAAGGGUGGUGUAAGAAACGCAGCCUGUGAAUGGAUGAAGAAGUCUAGUUUGACCUGGCAGGAUUGGAAUCCAGUAUUGGAGUCUGUAAUAUACAUUGGAGGAAUUUUCCCGAUGCACAACUCACCGUACGUUGGAAAUGGAAUAGCUCUCGCAGCAAAGAUGGCUGAAGAGGCUAUCAACAAAAACAAAACUAUCUUAGGAGACUAUAAACUGGAGGUUUUACUGUCGGACGGUCAGUGUAGGUCGGAUUUGGUGAUGAAGAUGUUCAUAGACUACGUUGUUAACAAGCAAUUCCAGUCUCUGAUAGGAGUGUUGGGGCCAGCUUGUUCCGACACUGUGGAACCCCUAGCCAGCGUCUCCAAGCAUUAUCAAACUAUGAUCAUCUCGUAUAGUGCCGAAGGAGCUAGUUUUUCAGACAGGGAAACUUAUCCCUACUUCUUCAGAACAAUCGGAGAGAACAAGCAUUACAAUCACGUCUACGUUAAAUUUUUCCAACGAAUGGGAUGGAAACAAAUCGCAGCCUUGACUGAAGAUGGACAGAAAUACACUGAGUACAUUUCGCAGAUGCAGAGCCUGUUAGAUGAUUAUCAAAUAACGUUCCUUUCGAACAUAAAAUUCCCAAGAAACCAGGAUGAUAUCAUCAUGAGCAAGUAUCUAGAGGACCUGAAGAGAAAAAGGGCCAGAAUCAUCAUAGCUGACGUAGUUGACGAAAUGGCGAGACUAAUAAUGUGCGAAGCGUAUAAACUAAAAAUGACGCCAAAAGAAGGUUAUGUAUGGUUCCUCCCAGUAUCCUACAAUACUCUUCAAGGAGGAAAUAUCAAUUGUACUGCCAAAGAGAUGUUGGAGGCUACUAACGGUUAUUUCUCGAUUGCCCACGCUUAUUAUGGAGAUGAUAAUGCUGUCAUGCAGGAGAAUAUAACAGUUAAACAAUGGCGGAAUAGGUAUCGUGACGCUACGGAGGCACAAAAGUACCAAAAAAUGUCUGACUACGCCGGUUAUGCCUAUGAUGCUGUUUGGACAUAUGCUCUAGCUACAGAUAAACUUGCCAAGACUGACCCAGAAGCCUUAUCGCAUAUUCACUCAAAUACAACAAUCAAAAAACUUGUAGAAAUCAUAAAUGACACAGACUUCAUGGGUGUAUCAGGAAGGAUAAAGUUCAGGGGAGGUCCUUCUAGAUUUUCCGUCAUCAACAUCAUGCAAUGGUACGACAACAAAACGCAUAUUAUUGGCCAGUUCCAUCCAAAUCUGAGCGAUCAUACUCCUGUCAUACGGGGAGGUCGGCUUGAGAUAAAUUCUAGUCUCAUCAGGUGGUACACUGCCGAUGGUAAGAGGCCUGACGACGGUAAACUGCCUCCAGAGAUUUGCGCCUUGGACAGCCUGGCCAAAUUUUUCAACGUCGAUUGUUCGAUGGCUAUAGUGAUCUUGAACAUUAUCGUGAUCAGUACCGUAUUGCUGAUUAUUGGAUUGGCUAUAUACCAUUUGAAGAAGCGUUAUGAUAAGAAAGUUCAGGCGGCUACGGAAGAUUACAUGAAAUCUCUAGGCUUCAACUGGUGGCAUAACAUAGAGAGCCUGAAGGAUUUGAGCGUGAUGGAAGUGUCGAGGAAGGAUGUGAUCAUCAAUCGUAAAAUAGGCGAAGGGUCCUUUGGCACGGUGUUCGGAGGCGAAGCCUGUUUCGAAGAAGGUUGGCUGCCGGUGGCGGUCAAAACGCUGAGGAUAGGCGCGAACACCGACGAAAAAAUCGAUUUCCUAUCCGAAGCCGACAUAAUGCGAAACUUCGAUCACACCAAUAUCAUCAGAUUACUGGGAGUAAUCAUGGAUACUGAGCCUCUUUAUGUGAUAAUGGAAUUCAUGUUGUACGGUGAUGUGAAAACGUAUUUAUUAGCCAGGAGGCAUCUGGUAUUCCAAAAGGGCGCAUACGAAUCGAACGAAAUUAGCAGCGAAAGACUGACUUCGAUGGCUUUAGACAUAGCGAGAGGACUGAGCUAUCUUGCCGAGUGUAAGUUUGUUCACAGAGAUUUGGCGUCGAGGAACUGUUUAGUGAACGCGAAUAAGAUGGUUAAAAUAGGCGAUUUCGGCAUGUGUCGACCGAUGGCAGAGAAGGAAUAUUAUCGGUUCAAUCGUAAAGGCAUGCUUCCGGUCAGAUGGAUGGCGCCAGAGAGUUUAGCGUUGGGAGUUUUCACCACAGCUUCAGAUGUUUGGAGCUAUGGCGUAUUGCUGUACGAGAUUGUGACGUUUGGAAGUUUUCCUUUCCAAGGACUCAGCAACACUGAAGUAUUAGAGGCUGUAAAGCAAGGGAAAACGUUAACUGUGCCCAAAGGAGUGAAACCUCAAUUGGAAGCACUCAUGAAUUCUUGUUGGAACAGAUCUCCAAAGGCUAGGCCACAAGCUAAGGAAAUAGUAGCAUAUAUUGCCACAUACAAAGAGCUAUUAACACCUUGUUUGGAUGCUCCUCUAGCUUCUGUACAAAUUGAAAACUCUGAUGAACUAGAAAUGCGUUUUCCAAACAGAAAAGGAUCUACACCCACCUCUAAGAACUUUCCUUCCUUCAGCAGAAGAAUUGUAGCAUCCAAACCGCCGGAAGUUCGAAAAUUCAAAAAGCAAAUAUCGAUACCAGAAAAUCCUGUCAAUAUACCUCUUGAAUGCUACUGUCCAAAAGAGCCGCUAUUAAAUCAGCAACAAGAUGUCCUCACUACCAACCAUUACCUUGUACCACCUCAACACGUGAGCAAUGAUUCAGGCGUUCAAGAAGAUGAUGACUAUAUGCCGGCCAGUAUGUUGAUGAAUGGUCAUGCAAUAUCGAAAAUCUGAGAAGAGAUGUGCGCUUCCAAGAGUGAGCAAUUCAACAGUAAUAAUAAUGACAGGAAUGAAUCAUAUGUUCUUCAAUGACCCCUUGAACAUAUGCAUUUCCAGGACGGUAUCUCUUCAAUUUCUGUUCACAUUAAAAACGUCCCUAAAGGGGAUGAACCCCUAGGUCUGGCCUCCUUCAUAAACACAGGAAUGAUUCCAACCGGAGAUUCCUUGUGAGAUAUGUGGUGUUAGCCCUGAAAUAAUUAUUUCACAAAGCUUCAAAGUUCUAUCUACAAUGCAACAAAGAUUCAAUUUGUACCAUGAAAACUGGGAAUCUCUGAAUCUAGGUCAGAAUGGACUGAAUUAGGUUUUCAUUCAGAGGAUGAAUUUCUUUGUUUGUGUUCAUCUUUGACAGCUACACACAGCUUACCUCAAUUCACUGCCGUAAUUGAAUACUGAACUGUAAUUUUAUGCUUUUCCAAUGUUGCAUUGUAUUUUGUUCGGAGGUUAUAAAUGCAGAUUCUUCAGAAGAGGUUUUGAUAAAAGUAAUGCGAUUCAACUGAUCAACAUUGUUAAUUUUCUCUACCAACGACACUGAAUUAAAACUAGAUUUUUUAAAGGAAAUGAUUCGUGAAUUCAAAAAAUUUUCGUGAAAUUCUGAAAUUUUGUUGAUGAAUUUUCAAUUUUAUUGUUUACUUCAGAAUCAAAAAGUGCAGGAAAUUACACUACUCUUUCAUUUUCUGGCUCACAAUUUCUCGCAUUAUGUAGGUUGAAGAAAAAUCUAUUUUGAAUAAAAAAUGCUGAUAAAUAUUCAUUUCAUUAAUUAGGUGCUGUAGGUCGUUCCAUUUUUAUAUACAUCCUGACUGAAUUUUCUAGACCUGGAUGCAGCUAGUGUCUUGAAAUUUUUUACUGAUUUUUGACAAAUUUGAAAAAACUGAGUCUUAAAACAUUGUUUUUCAUCAUCAUGUUAUAUUUCGUGAAUGUGCUCAUUUCAGAGGGAUCCUAUGUCGAAAAAAUUCAAACCAAAUAGA